UUUUGGUUUCUUGCUUUUCUUCCUGGAGGCUUGACCGAGUGCCAUUCCUUCUUUUGCAUGAACAUAGCUGCAGGCCGUGUAACGUUAGAGAGAAUUUACUAUGUAAUUAGUUCCAUUCAUUCCCAGUGGCUGUUCACUUCACCCUCGGCAGGGUUCACAGCAAGUCCAGCACUGGGAGGUGUAGGCUUCUAGCCAAACCUUACCGUACCGUACUUCAGUCUGAGCUGAAGAACUUCACUUGAGAAGAGGAGAGUGUGUUGUGUUCAUUUAGGUAAUGGAAUAAUAGAGAAAGGACAAGAUGAAAGUCAAUAAUACCUUGGCAAAAGCAUUAUAUGACAACAAGGCUGAGUGUUCAGAUGAGCUAGCCUUCCGCAAAGGAGACAUCCUAACGGUUCUUGAGCAGAAUGUCUUAGAGAGUGAAGGAUGGUGGAAAUGUUCCCUCCAUGGAAGACAAGGCCUAGCUCCUGCUAAUCGCCUCCAACUCCUUGCUGGUUCCCAGGCAGGCAUGUUGCCGCCCUCCUCUGAGCAUGAUUCCCAGGAAUUGCCCAUCUGUCAACAAAAUAUCUACCAGGUCCCAUCAGCUCCCAAGUCUUCCACAUUGUCACCUACGUAUGAACGGAUGGACUGUUGGAUUAAGCCAGUUCCUUCUUCUGUUUCUUCUCCACCUACUCAAGAAAUAUAUCAGGUGCCAGCUUUAGCUGCACGAUUAUUCAGUGAAAAGACCAAAAGCCUAACCAAUCAGCACCGGUUUACUCUUCCCACAGCAUCUCGGGCCUCCAUGCCAUAUAUACAAAGGGAGACUUAUGAUGUUCCAUCACCACAACACCGGGUGGCCUUAUGCAUUCAGAGGUGUGCCACUCCACCCGCAGCCAGAAAGGGUUCUAUGCCGAUCCUCUACAAAGAAUAUAUCCGGGAAGAGCAGCAACAGCUUUAUGACAUCCCAUCCAGCCUGGAAAAGGCAGAAAUCUAUGUCCAGCAAGACUCUCCAGUGGGCAGUGUGUAUGAUGUCCCCCCCACAACUGCAAGAGACCAUGACAUUUCACUACAAAAUUUGUCUCAAAUAAAAUGUUUGGGUCAUUAUAAUACCUUGCCAAAUCCUCAGAAGUCAGAAUGGAUUUAUGAUAUUCCGGUAUCACCUGAAAAAAUGGGUUUAAAAAAAGAUCCUUCCAAUAGUUCCCUGGAAAAGCAGGUGCUGUAUGACAUACCGCCAGCCAGAUAUGGUUCUAGUUUGCAAAAUGUUCCACCAACAAAUAUCAAAAGCAAAUCAGUGAAUCCACAAAUGUACGAUGUCCCACCAACACAGAGAAAAUUAACCUUUCCUGAUAUCCCUCGUUAUAAUGUACCACCCUCACGUGACAUGCUGCUUUUGCAGCAAAACGGUAACUAUCAUGUUCCACCAAGCUUUCUGACUCCAAGGGUUGAGCAACAGAACUCUGAACCAAAUGUUUAUGAUACUCCAAAAGUGCUGCCUACUGCUUUACAGCACAGGAAAGGGACUGAAAAAAACAACAGUAGUUUUGGAAACCAUACUUACAACAUUCCUCCACAGCUGUCAAAAGAUGCCAAAUUAGAACAAGACAGGUUAUCAGUUUCCAGUGUGGACAGUAGAACCAGUACACUAUCUACAUCAUCAAGCACUUCUGCUGAGUCCUCUUCUAUGUCAUCUUCAGAAGAACCUGCAAAAGAAAUUAACUUGGAGCUCGACUUAGCCAUAGAGACAUUGACCAAGCUGCAGCACAGUGUAUCCAGUUCAGUUGCAAGUCUGAUGAUUUUUGUAAGCAGUAAGUGGAGAUUCCAGGAAAACCUGGAGACAAACCUUGAGGAAAUCCAUAGAGCAAUUGAUCACAUAAAAGUAUCUUUGGGAGAAUUCUUGGACUUUGCUCAAGCCAUCAAGGUGAAUGCCUCUUGCAUCACUGACAAUAACCUUCAAACCAGAAUUAAAACACAGCUGAAAAUUCUUAAAGACUCAUUCCAGAUCUUGGUAGAAACAAGGGAAGCACUGAAUAACUGCAAAUGGUCACUGGAAGUUCUGGUCAUUAAGAAACCUCAGAAUAACCCAGAUGAUCUUGAUCGGUUUGUUAUGGUAGCCCGCACAAUUCCAGAUGAUAUCAAGAGAUUUGUUUCUAUUAUCAUAGCUAAUGGAAAGCUUCUCUUCAAAAAGAAUAGCAAGGAACAAGAGAGCAAGUCACCAAAAAUUGGUACAGACCAUAAAAUGGCAAAGCCGAUCCCAAUACCCAGAAGAAGAGAACUUGAUUCACUCCAAAGAAAUACUUUGGAUAAACCAAACAAAAACAAAGUCUCUUCUGAGAAAUCAAGAGAAAAUGUCACUGAAGACUGUGAUUAUGUUCAGUUACAGAAGUCUCCUGGGUUGGAACAGGCACAAAAACCCCUUUCAGCUAAAGAGGUGGCAAAGAAGAAUGCAGAUUUAAAAACAAAGGUUUUCCCACCUUCAAAAAAGCAUAAUAUUCAGAGCAACCUGGACUUGGCAAAGAAAAUCACUCUCUCAGAAAACUGUCGACUGUACUUUGGGGCCCUUCACAAGGCCAUUAGUGUAUUUACCAGUAGUCUUAGCAAUAAACAACCGCCUGAAAUCUUCAUAGCACAGAGCAAACUGAUCAUUAUGGUGGGACAAAAGUUGGUGGAUUCUCUCUGUCAGGAAACUCAAGAAAAGGAUAUUCGGAAUGACAUCCUCUGCAGCAGCAGCCAUUUUUGUAGCCUGCUGAAGAACUUGGCUGUUGCCACCAAAAAUGCUGCAGUGCAGUAUCCAAAUACAGGUGCCCUGCAGGAACUUCAAAAUCAAGCCGACGAGCUGUCUAAAUACACUCAGCAGUUUAGAGCAAUGAUGGAAUGAAGAAGUCUUUCCAUUCUUAGAAGAGAAUCCUGGUGAAAACUUUGGGAUCUCCCCCUAUUUCUGGGUUUUUACUCCUCAGCUAUGGUAUCCUGAGAGCCGAGGAAGACUGGACUCCACAAAGAACCCAAAUGCAAGUCUUAAAUCAGCCAUACCCUGUAGAGGUUGCUGUUGGGCAAUGAAAGGUGUACUAAGGCCCUGAGAGCAGGAGACACUAGGAACAUCUACACAGGCUGCAGCAGCAAGCCUCCCAUUCCGGGUUGAGAGAUUUGGGUUAGUGGGGUAUGCUCUGGUGCUCUAAAAACAGAUGUAUAGACAGCACUUUGAAGUGACAGUGAAACUCAACCCUUCCUAGGCUUCAGAGCUUGUGCUCCAGCCCAAGCUGCAAUUUCAAAGCACUGUCUAUACACCUAUUUUUAGA